UUGGUUAGAUGCAGCUAUUUUUUUUUCUUUUUUUUAAUUUUCAAAACUUGCUGUAAAUGUUACAUUGAGGUGAAUGAACCUCUGGCCAAACCUGUCAGCAAGUCUGCUAUUUAUUGUAUUUAUUUCACAUGUUAGCUGUCACUUUACUCCAUUUGUUUAAGCUGCCGUUGGCACUGUUGAAUGUUCUGAAUCUGCCCAAUCUCAGAACAUUUGAAAAUCAGCUUGCAUACCUUCUUGGGUACUGCUGCAUUCUUAACUACAGUGAUCAAACACUAGAAAAAACUUGUGCAUCACCAGCUAAUUUGAGGGGGUUAUACUGUUAAAAACCAUGCUUUAUUUUUCAUAAAGUAUUUUAGUCAAAGCUGUGUUUGGAUGCAGAGGGUUAUCUUCUUUAGAGGGAGGUAAAUUUGGUGUUACUGUGUUAUAGGGCAGUGUACCAAACAAGAUGUGGGGUGCAAGAAGGCUGUCUGUGCCUCAAAGGGUUAAUGGUCUUGUGUGGCCUUAUCUAUCCCCCCUUAAAAUGUGGAAACAUAAGUGAAAACUUAAUCUCUCUAUGUUUACUUGUAAGUAUUAAAGGGCAUGGAACAAUAAGGUUGGCUGUGUAAUUCGUUCAUUGUUUUGGCUGUCUGCCUCGGGGAGUAAUUCACCUGCCCCGGUCACGUUCGAAGUUCGGUGGGAAGGGGUGGGGGGUGGCCUCUCCUUACGUAUGUGCCAGGCUGUUACAAGACUGCAUGUAAAUAUGUUGACUUGGUGUACUGAUUGGCUCCAUAUGCCUCUUCCGCUUGUUGACAUAUGCGAUGUCUCAAAACAUUCUUGUUCAGAACAUCCAUAAAAGUAUUGUAGGGGACUAUGGUCAGUUACUCCCUGUUGGCUCUAUAAACGAUGUCUGUCGUAUAGUUUCUGGGGUUGGUAUGGGAGUGGAGUGCCAGGUUGUAAAAUGUAGCUGUGUGGAAUGCAGACAAAAAGGCAGUUUCCCUUUAUGAAGUUGACAGAGCCUUGGGGCCACACCUCAAACAAGUUCUCUUAAGCUAGGUACCUGCUCUGCUCCAUUUAGCAUUAAGGGAGCUGUGCAGUUUUAGUGGCCAAAGGCACUGGUGCAGCAGAAAAUAAAUCUCAGGCAUGAGAAGUGGCAUAAAUAGCUUUCUCUUCUCAAAGGGAAAAUGUAGGAACUUCAUUGCCAGAAUUUUUUUUUUUUAAAGAAUUUUCUUUUUUAAUAUAUAAAAACCCAUUGAGUGUUUGGUCCUGCUCUGGACCAGCCUAAUCUUUUAUCCAGUCAAACUGUAGUCAGUACUGUGACAGUAGCACAGGGUGGGGGUUCUCAAUUACUAGUUCUUCCAGUUUGCUCGAGAAAUGUUUUGCAUAAAGCCCAUUUAUUUCAUUGAUUAUAUGACAAUCUUGCAGCUUCCUAUAAACACCUCAGGCAGUUGUUGGGGUUCAUGUUUUCUAAAUAUGUAGAGGCAAUGACUGGAGACUUGGAAUAUGAGUGGGGAAAACUUAAACUGCUACAAAAGUGAUAAUUCAGUAGUUCUGAAAGGUGGCCUUUUAGACAUCUUUAAUAAGAUGUCUUUCCCAGCCAUUGCAAACAAGCCCAAGGAUCUGCAGGAUGUUUGUCUACAAUGACCUCUGUUGUAUUGUGAGGCCAACCUAGAGACACCUAGUUUUCAGAAGUCUUAAUUCCCAAGAUUGUCUAGUAUUUCUGAAUUGUAUUGGGGUAUCCUAAAAGUCCAUUAUGAGACCUCCCUCGUUAUUUCCCAACAACGCAUUUUUUUGACUAGCACAGAGCAUUUCACCCUGUAUUCUCUGCUUUUGAAAGGCAGCCUCGUGUGGUGUGUUUGGCUGCCACUCCUAUACUCGACACUAAGACCAGAUGCUACAUGUUGUGGCUCGCUGGUCAGUUGUGUUUAGGGUCUUCACUGAGUUUCAGGAAGUAUACAUUUGGGCUGUAUCAUAACUGCAUGUAGUCAGAUUAAUGCAGAUUUUUUUUUUUUUUUUUAAACAAACGAAGUUGUGUGUAAAUAUAUUUCCAUUUUAGGUCAAUUUUAAAAUGGGAAUAUAUCAAGCAAAAUCUGUGUACUACAAUUCCACAGGCUCAUACUAACUGUCCUUAAUUUCUCUCCUACAGCAGUACUGCUAUGCCAGUCCUGUCUGCAUUCUCUUAAGAGUGCAGCAACACGUCCUGUGUAGGUUAUGGUGAAUACACAUAAAAGUGUGCGCUGUCAGUUUUGUCAGGGGCCCUUAGGGCUAGACAGGCUGUCAUGGCAUAAUAAGAGCCUCCAAAAUCCACCCUGGCCACAACAAUUCUCAGUAAUAAUAACCGCAAGCCAGUUUUCAGGUUUUAGGACACUAAAUGUAGAAAUACCUCAAUGUUUAAUCACUUAUCACAUUUAUCCGUCCAUGUUUUUGGAAUCUACACGUAAUUGGAUUACGCAUCCGUGAAUUUUGCCCGUACUAAGGCCUUCACAAAUACAGCCCCUGUGAUGUGGCAUUCAAAUAGUCCUGCAUUCUAUUGUUGGGACGGUAGUAUUGUGUGAGAGGGGAAAUAAGGUUUUAUAAUUUAGUGUUAGUUGCAUCACAAACUACAUAUAUACAUCCUUUAUUUUUAAAUGGCAAAGUAAAAAGUUACUGCAGCUAUACAAAUUGAAGUAAUCCUACAUUUUUUAUAUGUAGUUUGAGCACAAGGAGGAUUUAGAUUUUUUUUUUCUGAGUAACAUAAAAACAGGUGGUAUGCUUUGUGUGUGAGUUACAACCCUUUCCAAAGUGUUACUAAUGGUAAAGAGAAUUUUCUAGGCUUCUUUUCUGCCGGUUGAAGUCGACUGCAGAAGGACCCUGGCACAGAGAGUGAGGCAAAACACCAGACCCCAAACUUCAGGCACGGACAUACAUGGACGUCAUGAGAGAGCAGCACCUCACCAAAGAGGAGAAAGAGAUCCGCCAGCAGCUGGCAGAGAAGGCCAAGGCAGGCGACUUGAAAGCUGUGAAUGGUGCCGCUGCAUCCCAGCCUGUCCCCACCAAGCGCAAGCGCCGCUGGGACCAAACAGCUGACCAGACGCCUAGCAGUGUCGCCUCCAAAAAAGUCUCCAGCUGGGACCAGGCUGAUGGUACAGCGGAGACCCCAGGCCACACCCCUGGCCAUACUCCUUCAAACAGUCGCUGGGAUGAGACACCCGGUCGGCCCAAGGGCAGUGAGACCCCAGGGGCCACCCCCAGCACACGGAUGUGGGAACCCACACCCAGCCACACACCUGCUGGUGCUGCCACCCCAGGAAGGGAUACACCUGGGCAUGCCACACCUGGUCACGGAGGAGCCACCUCCAGUGUACGCAAGAACCGCUGGGAUGAGACCCCAAAAACAGAAAGAGAGACCCCUGGCCAUGGCAGCGGAUGGGCUGAAACUCCUCGCACUGAUAGAGGAGAUGAAUCAGUGGGUGAGACCCCCACUCCUGGCGCCAGCAAAAGGAAAUCCCGGUGGGACGAGACUCCUGCCAGUCAGAUGGGGUCAUCUACACCUCUUCUCACACCGGGAAAGACCCCCAUUGGCACUCCAGCUAUGAACAUGGCCACCCCUACUCCUGGUCACUUGAUGAGUAUGACACCUGAGCAGCUUCAGGCCUGGCGUUGGGAAAGAGAGAUUGAUGAGAGGAACCGACCACUCACUGACGAGGAGCUUGAUGCAAUGUUUCCUGAGGGAUACAAGGUGCUACCACCCCCUGCUGGUUACGUGCCCAUCCGAACUCCAGCCCGCAAGCUGACUGCCACCCCUACCCCCAUUGGAGGCAUGACUGGCUUUCACAUGCAGACAGAGGAUCGCACCAUGAAAUCUGUCAAUGAUCAACCCUCUGGGAACCUGCCCUUCCUAAAGCCAGAUGACAUUCAGUACUUUGACAAGCUUCUGGUGGAGGUUGACGAGUCUACGCUGAGCCCUGAGGAACAGAAAGAGCGCAAGAUCAUGAAGCUUUUACUUAAGAUCAAGAAUGGCACACCACCUAUGAGGAAGGCUGCACUUCGUCAGAUCACCGACAAAGCCCGGGAGUUUGGGGCAGGGCCCCUCUUUAACCAGAUCCUGCCCUUGCUCAUGUCCCCCACACUGGAGGACCAGGAACGCCAUCUGUUGGUCAAGGUUAUUGAUCGCAUCCUUUACAAACUGGAUGACUUGGUUCGACCUUACGUCCACAAGAUCUUGGUGGUUAUUGAACCCCUGUUGAUUGAUGAAGACUACUAUGCCAGAGUGGAGGGCAGAGAGAUCAUCUCUAACCUGGCUAAGGCAGCAGGCCUGGCUACCAUGAUCUCCACCAUGAGGCCUGAUAUUGACAACAUGGAUGAAUAUGUGAGAAACACAACAGCCCGUGCUUUUGCAGUGGUGGCCUCUGCGCUUGGUAUCCCCUCCCUCUUGCCCUUCCUCAAGGCUGUGUGCAAGAGCAAGAAGUCCUGGCAGGCACGUCACACAGGCAUCAAGAUCGUGCAGCAGAUUGCCAUCCUCAUGGGCUGUGCCAUUUUGCCUCACCUGCGCAGCUUGGUUGAGAUCAUUGAGCAUGGUCUGGUGGAUGAGCAGCAGAAAGUACGCACCAUCAGUGCCCUGGCCAUUGCAGCUCUGGCUGAGGCAGCAACACCCUAUGGUAUUGAGUCCUUUGACUCAGUACUCAAACCCUUGUGGAAGGGCAUCCGGCAGCACAGAGGCAAGGGUUUGGCUGCCUUCCUGAAGGCCAUUGGGUACCUGAUCCCCUUAAUGGAUGCUGAGUACGCAAACUACUACACCAGGGAGGUGAUGCUCAUCCUCAUCCGAGAGUUCCAAUCUCCUGAUGAGGAAAUGAAGAAGAUUGUGCUCAAGGUGGUAAAGCAAUGCUGUGGUACAGAUGGUGUGGAGGCCAACUACAUCAAGACAGAAAUCCUGCCUCCUUUUUUCAAGCACUUCUGGCAACACAGAAUGGCCUUAGACAGGCGCAACUAUAGACAGUUGGUGGACACCACUGUGGAGCUAGCCAACAAAGUGGGUGCAGCUGAGAUCAUCUGUCGCAUUGUGGAUGACCUGAAGGAUGAAGCAGAGCAGUACAGGAAAAUGGUGAUGGAGACAAUUGAGAAGAUCAUGGGCAACCUGGGGGCUGCUGACAUUGACCAUAAGCUGGAGGAGCAGCUCAUUGAUGGCAUCCUCUAUGCCUUCCAGGAGCAGACGACUGAGGACUCUGUGAUGUUGAAUGGAUUUGGCACAGUGGUCAAUGCCCUUGGCAAGCGAGUGAAGCCCUAUCUGCCACAGAUCUGCGGUACUGUCCUGUGGCGUCUAAACAACAAAUCAGCCAAGGUGCGUCAACAGGCAGCUGACCUCAUCUCUCGCACUGCUGUUGUCAUGAAGACCUGCCAGGAGGAGAAGCUAAUGGGCCACUUGGGUGUGGUGCUCUAUGAGUACCUGGGAGAGGAGUACCCUGAAGUGCUGGGCAGCAUCCUUGGUGCCUUGAAGGCCAUUGUCAAUGUCAUUGGUAUGCACAAGAUGACCCCACCCAUCAAGGACCUGCUACCCCGCCUGACGCCGAUCCUGAAGAACAGGCACGAGAAGGUGCAGGAGAAUUGUAUCGACUUGGUGGGCAGAAUUGCUGACAGGGGUGCCGAGUAUGUGUCAGCCAGGGAGUGGAUGAGGAUCUGCUUUGAACUCCUGGAGCUCCUGAAAGCCCACAAGAAAGCCAUCCGCAGAGCCACCGUCAACACCUUCGGCUACAUCGCCAAGGCCAUUGGCCCCCAUGAUGUGUUGGCCACUCUGCUGAACAACUUGAAGGUGCAAGAGAGGCAGAACCGCGUUUGUACAACGGUUGCCAUCGCCAUUGUGGCCGAGACAUGCUCGCCCUUCACUGUGCUGCCAGCACUCAUGAAUGAGUAUCGUGUCCCUGAGCUCAAUGUUCAGAAUGGUGUGCUCAAGUCUCUCUCUUUCCUGUUUGAGUACAUUGGUGAGAUGGGAAAGGAUUACAUCUAUGCUGUCACACCGCUGCUGGAGGAUGCCCUCAUGGACAGGGAUCUGGUGCACAGACAGACGGCUAGUGCUGUAGUCCAGCACAUGUCCCUUGGUGUGUAUGGUUUCGGCUGUGAGGACGCCCUUAACCAUCUGCUCAACUAUGUAUGGCCCAAUGUGUUUGAGACCUCACCACAUGUCAUCCAGGCUGUGAUGGGGGCGCUAGAGGGGUUGCGGGUGGCCAUUGGGCCAUGCCGUAUGCUGCAGUACUGCCUACAGGGUCUCUUCCACCCAGCACGAAAGGUGCGGGAUGUGUACUGGAAGAUCUACAACUCCAUCUACAUUGGCUCCCAGGAUGCCCUGAUUGCCCACUACCCACACAUCUACAAUGACGAGAAAAAUUCGUACAUCCGCUACGAGCUGGAGUACUUCCUAUAGAUGCGUCCUUCUCUCCUCUUACACUUUCUAAUCUGUCUGCAUUUGUGUACUCCGCCUCUUUUAGUAAGCAGGACUUCACACAUAGCUAGAAUUUGUUUUUUUUAGUGGUAUGUGUCCAAUAGUGAGACCAAUCAAUCACAAUGGCAGCAAAUGUUUUUAAUAAAAAGACAAACACAAAUGGAGCAACUUUAA